UCAACAGGCCUUGACGACAGCGGACCUAACCGUGGAAGCUGUGGAAAGGUACCAGGCCACAGCAGAGAUGCUUCGGGCUUCCAGAAAGGAGCCCCAGAGUGCGUCCCCGCCACAGACGGGAGGAACCCGUCCAAAGAACCCCAAGGUUUCCAACCCAGGCACUUCAGGAGCUGUCCAGGCUCCAGGGGGAGCCAGAGACCAGCCAGCACCAGGAAGAGGACACCGGGAGAGUGAAACCCGACAGUAUUACCGGUGUGGGGAGAUGGGACACAUCUCCUGGCAGUGUGGGAAACCGGCAGAUGAGCCUAUGCCCACUGCUGAGUCCUCCAGCUCACCACCCGCCCACAUUUUUGCUUCGCUCGUGGGAGUCGUGACUGUGAAUCACCAUGAUGUGGAAGCUCUGCUAAAUUCCGGUAGCCGGGUCACCCUGGUGCGUAAGGAUCUGGUGGAUUCAUCGUGUCUGACCCCAGGGAAAGUCCUCACGGUUUCCUGUGUCCAUGGAGACACCAGAGACUACCCCACCACUGAACUCGCAAUGACCACCACCAGGGGAACCAUCCUCACGAUGGCGGGUGUGUACCUCGGAAGCGGAGAGGUAAGACGUAUCCUGAGAAUACGCAAGUACAACCCUCAGAACCACUCACUCCAGCCUGUGCUCUUGGAGGGAUGGCAGGUGCCCAGGCUGAUUCAGAGACUGGUCCAGACACAGGGGAAGAGAACAUGGUCCCAGGAAGUGCUCCAAUCUCCAGCGAGGAAGACGUCCAAGGCACCAAAGAGCUUCCCCCUCUCACAGGCCAGUAUGACCCCGAGGACUGCUGGACAUCGCCAAGGAGGCCUGGGAGGAGCAACCGUGCCGACAGCGGACCCUGAUCGAGCAUGUCGGGGCCAUGAGAGAGAGAAUGAAGGCUGUCUAUCCCAUGAUGCGUGAACACAUGGAUACUGCUCAACGGCAACAGCAAGCCUCCUACAAUAGAUCUGCUCAACCCAGAGAGUUUAA